AUGACUACACGCAUAGCAAUAGGAUUAGACUUGAAAGGGGAACAAUUCUCGCCAUACAUCAAUAAUUUUGUUGUCAUUCAUAUCACUCGCGAGUGGACGACAUCCGGAUCCGAAGACAUUUGUCACGUGUGGCUGUCGUCAGGCAUUAUCACCGCAGAGAUCAGACGCGCGAAGAGAUUGCGAUCGCAGAUAACACCGACACUAUUGUUGUGUGAGCGCCGGACAAACGAGACAAUCGCCGGACGGAUAGCCAGACAGACAGACAGACAACGAGCCGUUUCGCGCCCGCGAACUGUUGUCUACCAUAAGGCGGUGGCGGCGGUGGGAAUGAACGCUCAGACCAACCCCGGGAUGAUGUAUGUGUUGGGCAGCAAUGCGUUGAUACUCUUGUUACCAGAGUUUGUUGUCCAGCUACCGGAGUUGCGGCUGUUGCUUGUCGAGUCUGCGUUUGACAGGCGAUUCUUGAGCGAGUGCGAUAAACUCAAGCAACAGAUCAAAGACAUUAAGCUUGAGUGCGAUCGCUAUAAACAGGUGAUGAUUCAGCUCAACGACACCAUCGUUAACGGCAACGGACACGGAUCAGGUAUGCGACCACUGGGCCACACAUUGGCCGUUGACACCGGUUGCGGUGCCAUCGCUGCGGAGCUGUUUGUGUUAGCGGUUAGUGGAAAGGGGCGCAAAUACGCGGCCGCGUCUGCGAACCACGCGUGUCAGUCGUGUUGCGCUGCGGACAAGCCGUAUAUCUGCGACUGGCAGAACUGCGGCAAACGGUUCCGCAAGAAACCACAUCUCGACACCCAUAAGAACAUACACACCGGCCGUCGCUUCUCAUGCGAUUGGCCUAAUUGUGGCAAAUCCUUUGUCCGCAAAUACAACCUCAUUGAACACCGCAAACUCCACUCCAGCGUCAAUCCCAAUGUCUGCGAGUUUGCCAAUUGUGGCAAAUUUUUCUCAAGCAAAUACAGUCUAAUGAGACACCAGAGCGUACAACACGGCCAACAAUAAGACACCGAUACAGACAACACACGCCAACAAAUCCAUAUUAACUCCAAUUCAUCCAUAUAUUAUCACUCAUUCAUCGCAUCCAUUAUUUCCAUACAAUUCACUAAUGAUUAGAGCAAACGAUUAAUCGGAUUCAUCCGAAAAAACACUAAAUAUUCAUUCAAUUUAAUUACAUUUUGUAGACAUUUUUGUGUGUUUACUAUAAUAUAUUACCUUAUAUAUUCAUAUGAAACAGAAAAAUAGAUUUUUCAUUAAUUUAAGGCAUAAAUUUCUCGCAUUUAGUGUAC